AUGUCUUCCGCUGCGAGCAAACGCCUGGAAGGCAAGACUGUCCUGAUUACAGGCGCCUCAUCUGGCAUUGGCAAGUCAACAGCUCUGGAAUUCGCUCGCACCGCGCCCAAAUCCCUGAAGUUGAUCCUAACUGCACGACGAAUCGAUGCUCUCAAGGCUUUGGCAGAGCAGAUCAAGAGCGAGGUUGGGGACGGCGUCCAAUGCCUGCCAGUACAGCUGGAUGUAUCGAAGCCCAGCGAGAUUGUAUCCUGCAUCUCCAAUCUACCUGCCGAGUUCAAAGAUAUCGACGUACUAGUCAACAAUGCUGGGCUGGUAAAGGGUGUAGACAAGAGUCCUGAAAUCAAAUCAGAUGAUAUCGAGGUAAUGUUUGCGACGAACGUCACAGGUCUCAUUACCAUGACUCAAGAGGUAAUGAAGGGCAUGAUGAAGCGUGGAGAGUCAGGGCAGGGCGAUAUCAUUAUGAUCGGGUCCAUUGCUGGCAGAGAAGGCUAUCCUGGUGGUAGUAUCUACUGCGCAACCAAGGCCGCUGUGCGGACGUUCACAGAUGCCUUGAGGCGUGAGCUUGUCGCGACCAGGAUCAGAGUACUUGAGGUCGAUCCUGGUCAAGUCGAGACGGAAUUUUCCGUUGUCAGGUUUAAUGGCGAUAAAGCCAAAGCGGACGCUGUGUAUAAGGGAGUCGAUCCACUGACGCCUGACGAUAUCGCCGAGGUCAUUGUCUUUGCAGCCAGCAGGCGAGAGAACGUGGUCGUCGCCGACACGUUGAUCUUUCCCAAUCACCAGGCUGCAGCAACAGUCAUGCAUAGAAAGUCAUGA